AAUAGGGAAGCGAUCGAACACCGAUUGGAAGACACGGGUCAUCGUGUACAAGGUGAGUCCUGGUCCAGGACGGCCUAUAUAAGGGACGACCACUCCACACUGCCUUCAGUUUCUCCUAUUCCCUGCUCUGAUAGUUAAACAUGGCCUCCAUUCUCUAUUUGGGAUUCGCAGUGGCUGUUGCUCUCUCCUCUGGUGUAGAUGCCCAAUCCUCCAGACGAUGUAGUUCAUUUCCCAGAGAUACCUGUCCAGUAGGAUACAAUUGUGUAAACGGAUAUUGUGAAGAAUCGUCCUCACCAUUCCCCUGCCGAUCUGACUUCGAAUGUCCCAGAGACUACGAAUGUAUCCUAGGCCAGUGUGUGAGACGGCGCGAUGACUGCCGACGUGACCCAUUCAUUUGUAGUCGCUCUGAAGUUUGCAACAGACAAACCGGCCGAUGUGAACUAAGCUGCCGAUUGAACCCAUCCAUAUGUGGACCAUUCCAGACCUGCAACUUCCAAACUGGCCGUUGUGAAAGUAAUUCAAUUGACUGCCGAAACGACCCAUCCAUCUGCAGACCAUUCCUGACCUGCAACUUCCGAACUGGCCGUUGUGAAAGUAACCCAAUUGACUGCCGAAACGACCCAUCCAUCUGCAGACCAUUCCAGACCUGCAACUUCGGAACUGGCCGUUGUGAAAGUAACCCAAUUGACUGCCGAACCUCUCCAUGUCCAUUUGGCCAAACAUGCCAGUACAGAUUCGGAACUUAUCAGUGCGUUUCAGGAUGCCGACCUUUCCCCGCCCGUGACUGCCCUCGAGGGUUUUACUGCAGACGAGGCGAAUGCGUUCGUGAAUUUCUUGGCGCUGCAGGAAGUACAUCCGGUGGUGAUCCUGCUACUGGAACCGAGGCUGCCGGCACCGGAAGUGGAAUGUAAAGCAAUGUAUCGUCUCAUGUGAUGUUUGUAUCAUGUAAAUAAAUUUGGGGUUGUGA